UGGCGCAGUUAAACAGUUAACAGCAUUCAAACAACAACAGUCGACGGAAACCAAUAAAUAUUUGUCGGUGAUUGUAGUUGGAAUUAAGGAAUAAGAUUUAACUUUUGUGUGUAGUUAUAUUUGCGACUAGCUCUGACAAAGAUCGAUCGUCCAGGUUUAUGUUGAGUGUAGAUUUUCUUUUACCGAAAAACAAGAAAAUAAAGUGAAUGUAAUUGAUUUAAACCAAAAAACACCCAAUGAAAAAGGAGGCAUUUUCUUAAACUCCCCCUUGAAAAAAUAAAAAAAAAACCCAAAACUCACAAGUUUAAGUUUAACAAAAAGAAAUAAAUCCUGUUUUGGUGAAUUUUUGUUUUGAAGUGAGAGAAUACCAAGAAAAUACUUCCAAGCUACAACAACUCUUUCCAAGUGGAUUACAACAAGUUACAAGCGGAGGCAGCAACAAAACCUUUCAAGGCUACAUUCCAGUUUCAACAACAAGCGGCAGAAAUCUGCACUGCAUUCGUUUAAGGCAAGAAACGCAACAACGGCAACAACAAUGCGACAAACUGCAGCUACCGAGAAAAUCGAUCCUUUAAUGCGCAUUCAACAGGAAAUCCAGGAGGUUGAGAGGCGUGAGCAGGAGUAUCGCCGUCUCAUCUCCUCGGUAUCCACCAUAGCCGUCAAUGACUGUGAUGCCAAUGACAAUGGCAGCAAUGCUUCAGAUGAUAAUCACAAUGACAGUUUGCAUUCCAUGAGUCCAGUGCCCCCAGCCAAUACUUCCUUGGUGGGCAGUGAGGAUAGCAAUUCAAAUAUGCCCUCAUUGGCUUUGAGUGUCAACAGUGCUAAAGAUGAUGGUCAUCAUUCAGAUGAUUCCGGCAUUUCGGCGUCUUCCAGUCCCGUCAAUGGUGUCUCAGCCAACAUUAAGAAACUCAAUGAGGCAUCCAAACAACUCGCCACACCCACUACUCCCAUGGGUUCCAAGGAGCCACGUUAUAUAGGGCCCAAUUGUUAUAAUAUAACACCGGAGCCACCACAACAGAAAUUAAUGACUCGCACUGUUUCAACACCCUUGCUGAGUGCUAUCAAGCCCCCAAGGCAGCAAUUCACCAUGAGUCCCGCCCACAAGGGGGUAAUGCAAAGAUUCAUAGCCUCUAGGGGAAAAUUGCAAUUGAGCACCAAUAAUGCCAAUCAAUUGGGAGCCAAUAAGAUCUUUUUGAAUGGUAACAAUGCGGCUGCUAUUUUGGGUUUAAAUUCGCCUACUUUGAUCACACCACCCAAUACACCAAUGACACCCGCCUCGGCUUUCAUGAAUUCCAAUGUACAGUCGGAAUUUGGCGUACGUAGUGCGAUUAUACCAGCGGUGACCUUGUCACCACCUGUUGUGGAGCGUGAUUCCGAGGGCAGGCCCAUACGUCCCGGCUAUGUGCCUGUCGAAGUGAAAAUUCAACGUGAAUUGAAGGACCUAAAGUCGAGAGAAAGUGAGCUGAAGAAAAUACGCAAAAUCAGACAAUCCACACCAGAUCUCUUGGAUUCAAUUGAGAAUGAAUUGGCCGAUUCAGAUGAUGAAGAUUCUGAAGUGGAACACUGUUAUGGUCCUGGCAAACUUCGUGCCGCUAAAUCGAUAGGCGAUAUGUGUGAUGCCCAAAACAAUAACACAGACAGAAUUUCCCCCGAACAGCAUACACGUAGCGCUGGUAUGCGACCGGCCUUAUCUUUGGCCCAACUAUGUGAUGUGGAUCCCGAAGAGGCUCCCUCCUCAAGGGGCCUUAUAGCCCAAUGGGAAAAUCUUAUACAACAAAAUGCCUAAGAUAAAGCUACUCUUAAACUUCCACAUAAGGACACUUUUGCUGCUGCAACUACUUACACGCGCAUACUUGUUUCCGAAAACUUAAAACAAAAACCUUAAAUUAUAAUACCAGAAAUCGAGAAA